AUGGCCUCCAUAGAGGAGCAAAGCGACAAAUUAGCCAAGUCGCAAAUUACUACGAAUGUGGAAGUAGAGCAGGGUCGUCUGGACGAGCUACCAGAAGACAUCGACGAAAAAGUCGAGUACGACUAUGACUCUGAACGGUCACCAUUUCCCGAGGUUCGAGCCGUCGUGCCUGAAACGGACGAUCCAGAGCUGCCGGUCAAUACUGUGCGCAUGUGGUUUCUUGGUAUUGUGUUCACGAUUCUCGGAUCCGGUAUCAAUCAAUUUUUCUCUCUACGAUAUCCCUCCGUACACAUCGUUUCGCUGGUCGCAGAGUUGCUUGCCUAUCCAUGUGGUGUUUUCCUCGCCAAGGUAUUGCCCGUGGCAACAAUCAACCUUGGCCCACUGGGAUCCCUUUGCCUCAAUCCAGACCACCAUUUCAAUAUUAAGGAGCAUGCUAUGAUUGUGAUCAUGAGCAAUGUAUCCUUCGGAUACGGAAGUGCAGACUCAACCAGCAUUAUUCAGGCAGCUGGCCCCAAGUUCUACAACUUCGGCCUCAAGGCGGGGUUUUCAGUUCUGAUCGUUCUAUGUGCACAGCUGCUGGGCUUCGGUGUUGCCGGGCUGGCCGCGCCCUGGCUUGUAGAGCCGGCUAGUAUCAUUUGGCCUCAGGUAUUGUCAAACUGUGCCAUGUUGGAGACACUCCAUUCACGCGCAAAUUCAGUUGCCAAUGGUUGGAAAAUAUCCCGUUUACGAUUCUUCCUAUAUGUAACUGCCUGCGGCUUCAUCUGGUAUUUCUUCCCAGGACUAAUGUUCACCGCGUUAUCGUACUUUACCUGGAUUUGCUGGAUCGCCCCGCGUAACGUCGUGGUGAACCAACUCUUCGGAAUGCAGACUGGGCUAGGACUGAGCCCUAUUACGUUUGACUGGAGUCAGGUCGCGUACAAUACAAAUCCACUUCUCUCUCCGUCGUGGGCGGCCGCGAAUGUAUUUGCCGGGUUUGCAGCCUUCUUCUGGAUUGUAGUUCCAGGCAUCUAUUAUACCAACACAUGGUUCACGUCAUAUCUUCCUCUGAUGACUAGCGACGUGUACGACAGGACCGGCGGCAUCUACGACACAGAUCGUGUGAUCAGCUCACAGGGCACAUUCGACCUUAAGGCAUACAAAAACUAUUCUCCGCCGUAUCUGGGAGCCACAUUUGCAUUCGUCUACGGCUUAUCCUUCGCCUCGAUCACUGGUGUGCUCACUCACAUCGGCGUCUGGCACUACAAGGACAUCUGGGCUGCAUUCCGAGGUAAAAAUAGGCUCGACAUCCAUGCGCGACUUAUGAAAUCCUACAAGCAGACUCCAUGGUACUGGUACGCAGCCAUUAUCGUCGCCAUAACCGCUAUCUCCAUCGCCAUGGUUGAGGUGUACAAAACCAAACUCCCCGUCUACGGAAUUUUCCUAGCCCUCGCCAUUCCCGCCGUAUACAUGAUACCCUGCGGUAUUGUCCAGGGAAUCACCAACGUCAACGCAAACCAACUGAACGUUCUAGCCGAAUUCAUCGGCGGCUACAUGUUCGAGGGCAAGCCCCUGGCUAACAUGAUCUUUAAAAUUCUCAGCACAGACGUUGUCGGCCAAGGUAUCUACUUCGCCAUGGAUAUGAAACUAGGCCAUUACUUGAAGAUCCCGCCACGAAGCCUUUUUGUUGCCCAGGGAGUAGCUACCAUUCUCGGGGCCCUUACUCAAGCUGGUGUCACCAUCUGGAUGCUGGGUCACAUAUCAGAAAUCUGUUCCGGAAACCAACCCGAUGGCUUCUCCUGCCCGAAUGGUAGGACGACCUAUUCAUCCUCGGUUAUCUGGGGCCUUGUCGGCCCUCGGCGUCUCUACUCCGUUGGGAAGAUCUACUCUUCUCUUCUCCACUUCUUCUGGAUCGGUGCCAUUGCCCCACUCGCCACCUAUGCUUUGUAUAAAAUCACCAAAAAACAGUACUGGAAAUAUGUUAAUUGGCCUCUGAUCUUCACGGGAACGGCUAAUGUUCCUCCAGCCACGGGAAUAAACUACUCCAGCUGGGCACUCGUAAACUUCAUUUUCAACCACUUCAUCAAACGCCGCUUCUUCGCCUGGUGGACCAAAUACAACUACAUCCUCGCCGCAGCCCUCGACACGGGCCUCGCGCUGAGCGGGAUAGUCAUCUUUUUCUGCAUAUCGUACCCAGGCGCCGUAUUCCCCAAUUGGUGGGGAAAUACCGUAUACCAGAACACCGCCGACGGUGACGGUGUGCCAUAUAAGCAAAUGCCGGAGAUCGGGUACUUCGGACCAGCAAACGGAACAUGGAGUUGA